AGCAGAGCGGCUGUGAGAUCAAACGGGGCUGGCUGGGACUCGUCUGAGGCGUGAUUUGGAAAGAUAACGCUACCUACCGGAAGCCCGGGGAGCGUCUUCCUGGCUGGAAUCAAAAACACACAGAAAGCUAAAAAAAAAACAAAAAACAACAGGACAGCCACAGUUAAAACAAGUACAACAUGGAGCCGACAGCAGCGGACCGUCGGAGUGUUACCCGCCGCCGUUGAGUGCAGCUCUCCGCGGCUGCAGCUGGACCUCACCGGGGGCAGCUCGGCGAGCAGAAGCCCCGGGAAUCUUUGUUCAGCCUUUUUCUUUUUUCAUGGGACACAACCGGGCUUCCCCUCCGCUUCGUCGUUGUUUUUCAGCCGUGACAGCACACACCUUGGCUGGUAUCGACCGGCCACGAGGUCCUCGCAUUUUAUGGACUCCUAACAGUGGUGUUUUUUUGGCUUUUCUGUCGGUCCCUCUCUGACCGACGAGGCAGUCAUGUUUGCCGUGCGCAUCGUCACCGCAGACUACUAUCUGGCAAGUCCCGUUAGAGACCUGGACGUCUGCUAUUCUCCAUUCAGGGAGAGCGACGUGAAGAAAGUACCGGUGGUGAGGAUAUUUGGAGCAACACCCGCAGGCCAGAAGACGUGCCUCCACCUCCAUGGAGUGUUCCCCUACAUCUACGUGCCAUACGAUGGCUACGAGCAGCAGCCGGAGCGCUACAUGCGCCAGGUGGCCUUCAGCAUCGACAGGGCCCUCAACGUUGCCAUGGGAAACCCCGCCUCCAGCGUCCAGCACGUCUUCAAGGUGGUGCAGGUCUCUGGCAUGCCUUUCUAUGGCUACCACGCCAAGGAGAAGCACUUCAUGAAGAUCUACCUGUACAAUCCUCAGAUGGUCAAGAGGGUGUGUGAGCUGCUGCAGAGCGGAGCAGUGAUGAACAAGAACUACCAGCCCCACGAAGGCCACAUCCCAUACCUGCUGCAGCUCUUCAUGGACUACAACCUGUACGGCAUGAACCUGGUCAACCUGGCAGCCGUCAAGUUCCGCAGGAGCCAGAGCAAAGACGACACACCAGCUCCAGUUCCCGACAGACAAACUCCCACCAGUCAUCCCAGCAUCAGUCCCUGGAAGAGCCCCUGCACCUCCAAGCUCAACAGCAGCACCCUGGGGGGCACGUAUGCCCGCUGGGAGGAGAAUGCAAUACCCUGCUCCUUUGUCCUAGAUGAGGUGGAGAGACAAAGCACCUGUGAGCUAGAGGUUGAUGCUGUGGCUGUAGACAUCCUCAACCGCCUGGAGAUUGAGAAUCAGAUUGGCAGGAACCCCGGUCUGCAGGCCAUCUGGGAGGAUGAGAAGCAGAGGAGGAGAGAGAACAACCAGGCCUCCCAGAUAGAAACUCCUGAGUCACAAGAUCGAGGGUUGGUCACUUCAACGGAGAGCGAGAAAAUCUUCAUGAAGAGAUUCAGGGAGAUUCUGAAGGAGAACGAGUUUGACGUGACACAAGCUUCAUCUGUUGGUGACGGGGAGGAACAAGAGGAUUUUCUGGGCGUGCUCACUCUCCACUCUGACCCCUUGACCCCAGAGGGAGUGCCGUGUACCCCCGCUAACACUGUGGAGGUGCACAGAGACUCACAGCCAGACUCUGUGAGGAGCAGUGGUAAGAUUCCAGAGGAGGCCGUUGUGGAUGAAGAGGCCAUAUUGAGUCUCCUGGAGAGCAGUCAGACCUUCCUACCACUCUCCCAGACGUCCAACCACUCGUCCUUGUUAGACACCAGCCAAGACCAUGCCAUCAUUGAUUUGCUGGCAGGCCUGGAGGACGAUGGUUUCUGCAGGACUCCCGUUAGGCAAAAUUCCCAGUCCAGGUCCAUCGCCGGUGCCAGGAGCUACCACUGCAACAGCGACGAGGAGGAGGCAGGGCCAGAGCUGGACAAGGAGGAGGCAGAGCUCAGCGUGAUAAUGUCACAGCGGUGGGACAACGAGCCUCCAGAAAACUCCUCCUUACCAAGGCCCGGUAUGAAGGAGGCAGAGGACGGCUUCAGUGAUGAGCAGCAGGAGUCUUCUGAUGAGGACAUGGAGUGGAGUGGGAAUAAUUCUCUAUUCGCCAACCUGUCCAUUCCACAGCUCGACGGGGCCGCGGAUGAGAGCAGCGAUUCAUCCUUAACAGACAGUGGCUCCAGGACCCAAUCUUCUCUCAUAGUCACAGAAAAGAUGCUUGUAAAAAGAAAUCCCUUCCCUGGAGAGACUGUCCACUUGGAGCCCCCCUCCUCAGCUAAGAUCCUUCUUGAGUGCAAGCACCCUGAGCACAGUCCAGUCCAUGUGUUGGACUCGGAGCAACCACUUGACAAGCACUUUCAGUCAAAGAGCAGCCAGGACAGCAGUAGUGAAUGUUCAACAGGGUUCAAGGUUAAUAAAGAAAUCCCCUACAUCCCACCAGUCAAACACCCCAUCCCUUGUAAGAUAGCUAAUCACCCUGAGGUGUCUCCCAUCUGUGUAGACAAAGAGGACUUACGACCCCUGUACACCUAUGACAAGAAAGCGUCUAUAGCUUUGGAUAAGACAGAUCUUGAAAGUUUCCCAUUUAGUAACGGUAUGGUCACCAAAAGCAGAAAGAAGUAUGGCAGCAUAAAGAAUGUAGAAACAAACUGUCUGUCGAUUCUUCAGAACCACAGGACCUUCUCUCUCUGUUACUCAGAGCUGAGACAGACAUCGAAGACAGAGCUGGAGCUGAGCCAGACAGACAGUAAAAGCCCCAUCCUGAGGAACAUUUCCUCAGCCCCGUCACCCAUGGAAGAGGAUGUAUUUCUUGAUCCUCAGGAGGAGGAAAUGAGCCAGGACAGUGAAGAGGGAGAUGUUGGUGAACUCAAAAUCAGGUACGAGGACUAUCAGGAAAACAAGACUGAGAGGACUAUUGUAGCCCAGCAGGAAGCACACUACAAGUUCUUCCCUAGUGUCAUUCUUUCCAAUUGCCUCACUAGGAAGAAAGCUGGGAGCAAAAAGCUGGCUGAUUCUGGCUGCAAGCUUGAACAGGCCCAACCUCGCAGGUCUAGGCUAAAAGUCAAUAAAAAAAGGUUGGGAAUGACAGGACAGAGGAGCCAAUUAAACACAGUUGAAAGUUCUACCUCCGACAGCCAGGUUAGCACUGGCCUCACCUCAAUCAUACGUACUUGUCCGCUGACUGUGGACACCGGGAUGUCAAUUUCUGAGGAAAAUCCAGUAAAAGAGCCAGAGACCAUUAAAGAUGAGCCAAUCAUAGAAGGACAGUCGGCUACAAACAAUGAGCCAGAAAGUGAAGAGAGGUCUGAAAAUGAACUGACAGAAUCACUUUCAGAGCUCAUUACUACCAACUCUACCACUGUGUCCAGCUUUUCUGAUGAGGGAGCUAAAGAGACUGAAGAGGAGAGUUUAAGCCCAUUGCAAGGUUUAUCUGCUACAGUCACAUGUACUAAACCUUCAGCACUGCCUGGUAGCAAAUACACCCUGAGGGCCAAACGGAAGAUGAUCUACGACAGCGAGGAUGGAGAACACUCAGGUGCCAUUCGUUCUAAAAACCCAGCCUCUGUCAAAGAACGGCUCAAAGACAGCAGUGUCCCCAGUGGCCAGGAACUAAAAUACCAGAAACGGCGCAAGAAGGAACCCCCUAUCAUUAUCAAGUACAUUAUCAUCAACAGGUUCAAAGGACAGAAAAAUAUGCUGGUGAAAAUGGCCAAAGUGAAUGCAGAGGAGCAGUGGGUUUUGCUGACACAAGAAAAGAUGGAACAGUACAAUAAACUGGCCCCUCUUAAGGAGUUCUGGCCCAAGGUGCCAGAGUCCACUGCAGUCAAAUUUCCCGUCACAGAGCCAAAAGCCAAAAAGCACCCCAAACGAAAGGCAAAGGUCAACUCCACAAAUAGGAAAGCAGUCAGCAACUCCUCCUCCAAACCACGAGUCAGACAGGGUGAAAGGGUAAAAAGGACUAAGGGCUGUGAGAGAGGCCCAUAUCUACCUUCUCUGCCGCCCCCUCGACCAUGUUACUGUGAGCUAGCAGAAGACCAUGACACUGACUAUACUGAUGUCAUGGUAGAGCUGGGCUAUCUCUCUGAUAGAUCCCCAAGCCCCAUAGACUCAACACCCCCACGCUGUUGGUCCCCAAGUGACCCUCUUAUGGACACCAAGUAUUCAGAACAACUACUAAACCCACUCAUCGACCCAUGUCUCAAUUCUGCUCUUCCCAAAUCACGCACAGUGUCUUCAACCAAAGGAGUAAAGUGUCAAACUACCAAACCUAAAAAAUCCAUAGAUACUAGAAGGAAAGCAAUCAAGGCUGCUUCUAAAACUCCAGAAGCAAUUCCCCAAAAACAGAAAUCACGGCAAAGUAGUGGUGCUGCUGCAAGGCAGAGAAAGAAAGUAACAGAUACAGCUGAAAGAACUGUCAACAAUUCUCCAACCACCACAAGACCUAGAAGGUCCCGCAAAAAGAAGGUUGAGGAACCCAAAAGCCAUGAGUUAAGUACAGACAGCUCCUACCUACUUUUUCCAGAAGAUGCAUUGCCUUCUUCUGAAAGUUCCUCUCAAGAGGUCCCUCCAUUUCAGCAGCCAGUAAGCACAGAUGGCAACAGCCAAGGCCAGACUGCAUCUGUACCAGACUCUAACUCCGUAGCCCAGUCAAUAGAACCAAAGGUUGAGGACUGUGAGACUUCCAUCAUGGAGGUCAACCAAAGCUUUUCACCUGUGGUGAAGCAGCAAGCUUGCCAGACCACUGUGGUAAAGGCAGAGGCUUCACCAGAGGAGUCCAAAGCUCCUACUACUCCUCUGUCUGGUAGAACCUUAGUAGGAGACUGUAAAGACGCCCAACUAGUAGCAGCCUCCCCACACUCAGGCCCUAAGAAUGGGGAGAUCCCCACUGUCUCUGAGACCCCCUCUAGCUUGGCUGUCCUCAAGCAGCUUCUCCAAAAGAGACAGCAGGGACAAGCCCUUCCUCUACAAGUGGUUGGUGCAGACCACCACUCCACUGCCAUAGCUCAGGCCGCAACGCUGCUGGAUCCCACAGCUAAACCAGCUAAAUCCCGAAGAGCCACUUCUGCCACUCCUCGGAAACCCAGAGCCCCAAAAUCUACUACUCCCAAGGAUAAAAAGCCCAGAAUCAGGAAAAGUAAGACCAGCAGCACUCAGCCAGAUCUGUCAGUGAAGCAAAACACCAACAUGUCAGAUGAAUGCCCCCUUUUCCUGUCCGACCCAGGCCUGGACAGUUGCAACUUCAUAGAGGACAGCUUGUCCCCAGAACUCCCACACAACUAUAACUUUGAUAUAAAUGCCAUAGACCAGACAGAGUUCUCCAGCCCGUACAGUGGUAGUCAGUUUGUCCUGACUGAUAAAAAUUUACCAGUAACGUUCCUGAGUGAUGUCAGCCAGGAAGCUAUAUCUGCACUGGAUGGUGUUGAGAAGAAACUUGAUAAACUGUCUGGUUCGGGGGAGGAGCUUCAGAAGGGUUCUGAUUGGCACAAAGCAAAGCCGGUCAGCCCUGAUCUCUUAGAUAGAUCUGAGGACGGGGAGUAUGUUUCAAACCACCUCUCAUUUCUUGACUCUGAGAAAAUUAAGAGCAGAGACUGGGACUUUUCUUUAGGUAAAACCCAUACCCUCAGCCCCUUUCAAGACUUUCACUGUGAGAGGAAAGAGCUUCUUUUUUCGGCCUUCGACCCUGUCCUACCAUUGCCUUUAAGCUCUGCAUCCUUUGUCGACCAUGAAGGCUCACCAACAGGUGAGCUACCAGAGGGCAUUGAUGGACUAACAUCCACCACGCCCAGUAGUUCUCCCCGCUCCAUCAGCUCAUUAUCCCAGCUGAGAGCGAGCCAGCUACUGCGGGGGACAGGAGGUGGAGCCCACAUUCUCAAGCCACUCAUGUCCCCUCCAAGCCGGGAUGAGAUCCUCAGUACCCUGCUAGACCUGGAGAUGUCCGAGGCCACAUUCCAGGAGCCCUUCUGUAGCGACCCCUCUGAUGCCCCAGGGAAACCCAUUGAGGUUGGCGGCCGUAAGCUAACGGUAGGAACCAGACUGGCUAAGGAGCUUGUGGAGUUCAGUGGAGACCUGUCUUUGGAGGGCCUCCAUUUCUGGAAGAUUGCCUUCUCAGCCAUGACACACCCCGCCACCACUUUUACCUCAUCCUCCCAAGCCCAGGGAGCUGGGGCCUCAGAGGCUAGUAAACAGCAGCCUGAGUCUGACCCGUCCUCAGCCAGUGACAAGAAGGUCAUCCUUCUGCCCUGCAAAAACCCACCAAGCCGAGAGCGCGUGCAGCUGUGGCUGGAAGCCAGGAAACAGUAUGAGAUUUUACAGAAAGUGAGGAGAGACACAGGGCUGCUGAAGAAGGGGAGGGUUGGGGUGGAUGUAGAUGAACACCCAGACAGAACUGAGCAGGUAGCUACUUCCAGUGUCCCAGCUGUAAAGGUGGAGCUGUGUGAGAGACUGUCCAGCAUCAGGACUCAAAGGAGAAAGAAGCGUAACAUGUCUUUAAUCAUAUCUCCUGUGAAGAACACAGGCUCUCAGUGUAAAUCCACAGAAGUGAGUCCAGUUUCAGAUGAAGGUGCUGUGGAUAUUGAGCAGGUGGAGGGAGAAAAAGAAGAUGAUGCUGAUGAUGAUAAAACCAGCUGUCCAGAGUCCCCAGAGCUGCCUCCAUGGCAACAGUCAUGUCAGCCCAGCCCUUCAGAGCCAGGCAGGUUAAACCAGGACAGGCAAAGUGAGAACUCUCCUGAACCACUAUCACCUGGGCUCCCUUACUCCCUAGAGAGAUUAGGGGAGAAUGUUAGUCCCACACUUCCCCAUGUCAGUAACAGGGAAGAAGGGAGGACUAUCCCCCACUUCCUUCACAGCACCCCCUUCUCAAGGAAACGGCGGGGAAGUAGGGAAGAUUUGGAGCCAGUGUGCAGCACGCCUAUAUCUGAGGAUGAUCCUGUUUCUCAGAGACUCCAGCAGAGACAGAGGAGCCAAGCAGAGCCUCUGAGAAGAGUGUUACUGACCACACAAAUGAAGAACCAGUUUGCUGCUUUGAAUAUGCCAAAGAAAGAUAACUCUCAGAUUGAAGGUCCCAGCAUAGCCAACUCUUAUGGUUUCAAAGUCAGCAUGCAGAACCUGCAGGAUGCCAAAGCUCUGCAUGAGGUCCAGUACCUAACACUAAUGGGCAUGGAGCUCCAUGCACGAACCCGACGCGACCUCGAACCCGACCCCGAGUUCGACCCCAUAUGUGCCUUAUUCUACUGCCUCAGUUCUGAUGCUCCCUUGCCAGAUGUAGACAGCACCCAGCUGACAGGUGCCAUUGUGGUGGACAAAGACCACCAAAGUUGUGACCAAGGUCAGAGAGGAACGGUUCCCUUGCUGGUCAGGUCAGGCGUCUCUGGGCUGCAGGUGACAUACGCCACUGAUGAGAAGAUGCUGUUUCAGGAGCUAAUCGCUAUCAUGAGAAGGUUUGAUCCAGAUAUCCUGGUGGGGUACGAGGUGCAGAUGCGGUCCUGGGGUUACCUCCUCCAGAGGGCAGCAGCGCUCAGAGUAGACCUCUGUCAGCAGCUGUCUCGAGUGCCAGGUGACUCCAAAGAGAACCGCUUUUCCACAGACAGGGACGAGUACGGGGCCGACACCAUGACUGAGAUCAACAUCAUCGGCCGCAUCACCCUCAACCUGUGGAGAGUGAUGAAGACUGAGGUGACGUUGAACAACUACAGUUUUGAGAACGUUGCCUUCCACGUGCUCCACCAGCGCUUCCCCCUGUACAGCCCCCGCACACUGUCCGACUGGUUCGACCACAUCACUCACCUGUACAGGUGGAAGGUGGUGGACCACUAUGUGAGCCGUGUGCGUGGCACCAUGCAGCUCCUUCAGCAGAAUGACAUCAUCGGCAGAACCAGCGAGCUGGCCAGAGUGUUUGGGAUCCAGUUUCUGCACGUUCUGACCCGAGGAUCCCAGUACCGUGUGGAGUCCAUGAUGCUUCGCGUGGCCAAGCCGCUCAACUACAUCCCUGUGACGCCCAGCAUCCAGCAGCGUGCCCAGCAGAGGGCGCCGCAGUGCAUCCCUCUGGUGAUGGAGCCCGAGUCGCGCUUCUACAGCAACUCGGUGGUGGUUCUGGACUUCCAAUCGCUCUACCCCUCCAUCAUCAUCGCCUACAAUUACUGCUUCUCCACUUGCCUCGGCCACGUGGACAGCCUGGGAACGCCUGAUGAGUUUAAGUUCGGCUGCACCUCUCUGAGGGUUCCUCCUGAUCUGCUCUACCAGCUCCGCAACGACAUCACUGUGUCACCCAACGGCAUCGCCUUCGUCAAGUCAUCAGUGCGUAAAGGUGUGGUGCCCUGCAUGCUGGAAGAGAUCCUGAACACGAGGAUCAUGGUGAAGCAGUCGAUGAAGACCCACAAGCAGGACAAAGCUCUGAUGAAGCUGCUGGACGCCCGGCAGCUGGGACUCAAACUCAUCGCCAACGUCACCUUCGGCUACACGGCGGCCAACUACUCUGGACGGAUGCCCAGCGUGGAGGUUGGAGACAGCAUCGUCCACAAAGCCAGAGAGACGCUGGAGAGAGCCAUCAAGCUGGUGAACGACACUAAGAAAUGGGGAGCGCACGUUGUGUAUGGAGACACGGACAGCAUGUUUGUGUUGCUGAAAGGAGCCACCAAAGAGCAGGCCUUCAAGAUCGGCAACGAGAUCGCAGAGGCUGUGACCGCAACCAACCCGAAGCCUGUCAAGCUCAAGUUUGAGAAGGUGUACCUGCCCUGUGUGCUGCAGACAAAGAAGCGCUACGUGGGCUACAUGUACGAGAGCCUCGACCAAAAGGAGCCCGUGUUUGACGCCAAAGGGAUCGAGACAGUGCGCCGCGACGGCUGCCCCGCUGUUUCCAAGAUUCUGCAGCGUUCCAUUAAGCUGCUGUUUGAGACUCGGGACAUCAGCCAGGUGAAGCAGUUUGUUCAGCGUCAGUGUGUGAAGGUCCUGGACGGCCGGGCCAGCAUGCAGGACCUGACCUUCGCCAAGGAGUACCGAGGCAGCAGCUCGUACCGGCCCGGAGCCUGCGUCCCUGCACUGGAGCUCACCAGGCGUAUGAUGGCGUACGACCGCCGCCUGGAGCCUCGUGUGGGUGAACGUGUGCCCUACGUGAUCGUGUACGGGAUGCCAGGCAUGCCCCUCAUCCAGCUGGUGCGUCGGCCCAUGGAGGCGCUGCAGGACCCCAGCCUCCGCCUCAACUCCACCUACUACAUCACCAAGCAGAUCCUGCCGCCGCUGGCCCGCAUCUUCCAGCUGAUCGGAGUGGACGUUUUCAGCUGGUACCAGGAGCUCCCCAGGAUCCAGAAAGCUUCCUGUUCCGCAGCGCUGGGUGGAGAGGAAGCGGGGAGGAAGGGAACCAUUUCCCAGUACUUCACCACGCUUCACUGCCCCGUGUGUGACGAGCUGACCCAGCUGGGCGUGUGCUCGCGGUGCCGCGCCGAGCCGCAGCGCGUCGCUGUCACGUUGUACCAGGACAUGAGGCAGUGGGAGAGUCAGCAAGACCAGUUGCUAAAGAUCUGCAGGAACUGUAGCGGCUGUGCAGAGCGGCAGGUGUCCUGCGUGUCCCUCGACUGUCCCGUUCUCUACAAGCUGUCCCGGGUCAACAGACAGCUCUCCAAGGCCCCCUACCUCCGACAGCUGCUGGAGCAGUUCUGAUUGGCUCCAGACUCUGGAGUCCCUCCCCAUUCUGAUU